AUGGGGGCUAAAUUCCGACACCGCGUUCAUGGUAAAACGACAAAAAUCCAGGGAGGAAAGGCAUGUGAGGUCAUCCCCUCACGUAAUAAACACAGAAAACAAGCCCAAUCUCUAAGAAGCACCUCAUUUCAACAGAGUGGGUUGAUAGCUGUGGAUGACAGACCUCCUGUUUUGGGAGAAAACAUAUCUGAUAACUUCAGUUCCAUGACAAUCGAGCAUGGUAAUUCAAGUAAAAGUAUGAUCUCAGAAGGAGGCUUAUCUAAGCUCUCUGAGUUCACUUCUUGUACCAAUCCUGCUUUCGAUUCUGUACAUCGUAUUUGGAAGUCUGGAUCCUCCUUACAAACGGAGGUUAUCUCGGUUCUUGCCGCUGUUGCUGAGCUCAUCAAGGAGCGCAACGGAACUGAAACGGAUGUCGAAUACUUUUCCGCACUCUUAACUGCUCUUGAAGGUGUUCCUCUGGAAGAUUCUGGAAGAACCGCAGCCACAGCUUACCUUCUACACUUGAUUGUUAAACGUGUGCCGAAGGAAGUUUUGCAAAACCAGUUCACAAGAACUACUCAGAUCAUCUAUACAAAAAUACUGGAAAACGCGGAAAAUGUAGAUGGAGCCAUCCUUAAGAAUCUCUUGUCUACUCUCGGAGUUGUAUUCCGAUCUCAACCUGCGGUUGUUUGGAACAAUACUAAUUCCAAAAAUAUGGUUGUGUCUGUUGCUUCUCUCUGCAAUCAUGUUAAACCUUGGGUGCGAACCAUGUGUCGUCGUGUCGUUCGAGCUGUGCUCACCGAUCCUGUAACUUCUAUGGAUAAUGGACUUCAUGUCGCAGCCGCUGGAGUUGGUCAAUUCAUAUUGUCCCAGCUCGAGAACUCUCUUAGCACUCCUGCCGGUGCCAUGAACGCCGUUCGACAUUUGUGCCUUCUCGAAGGAGUUAUGCAUAAAAUGCCUGCAAAUCUUUUCAAACAGUUGACAGAGACUAUUUUGAAAGCUUUCACUCUUGCCGAUUCGAUGGUUAAAUGUUCUGCUCUUCAAUGCAUGCAUAGAGCUCUGCAACGUCAGCCUUGUGAUGCUGCCCUUCCAACUGAAACUAACGUUCUUCUCAUCAACGCUUUAUCUCAACUAACUCCUCCUCCGACUGAUAUUGCUGUUAAUGCUUAUUGGAUGCAAGCUUUAGCUGAAGCCCAUGUCUGCUUGACUGCCAAAUCACCGGAAAGAUGCUAUAACUUGCUCCCUUCCACAUUCCUCUUGAUUGUUAAAAUGUUUGAAACUUCUAAUGAGCAGUUGGUUCAAAUCACUUAUCAGGUUAUUACCCGUUUGAUUGAAAGAUGUGUUCAAGAUCACGAAGAUUCGGCUCGUUAUCUUCUGUCUUUGUUAGAUGGAGCUUUGAACCUCCGAAACGCUCCUGUAUGGAAAUACAUCCUCAGAUCACAGAUGCGUUUGUAUGAAACUGCAGGUGAAGGAAUUAUUGGUAUUGAGUUCACAAAAGCUCUCGAAUCUCUCGCCGCUCUCAGACAAAGCGAGCAAUGUUUCUGUAAAGCAGAGUUGGAAUUCACCAUUGGAUCUGCAGUUCGCCAUGUCGGAGCUGCUGCAGUUCUCAACGUUUUGAGCUUACAAAUCGACCCAGAUGCAACUCUCUUAUCAACAGAAUUCCCCAGAUCCUGGUUGAUUCCUGUUCUCCGCGUUAAUAUCCAUAAUGCUCCUCUAUCCCUGUUCGCUUCAUUCUUCCUUCCAUUAGCGAUCAAAAUUCACAGACGUUUAUCUAGCUUAGACGGUCUCCCUCAAAGAUUGUAUAAUACACUCCAAAUGCAAAUUUGGGAGCUCUUGCCUUCAUUCUGUGAGUCUCCAUCAGAUUUGGAAAAGUCUUUCCCUGACUUAGCACCUGUUUUGGGAGCAGCUUUGAAUGAGAGAAAAGAUCUGAGAUUAAUAAUACUCUCAGCUAUUCGUAGAGCCUUGAAGUUCGUUCUUCAGCCUGAUGCUUCAUCUGAGAGAGUCGAAGUGUUGGCCAGAUAUGCCAAAAAUUUCUUACCUCUUCUGUUCAAUAUGUACAUUAAUACUUCUAUUGAGAGUGAUUAUGAUGACCAGGGAGUCAGAGCAUCCGUUCUCGAAACAAUCAAAAAUUAUUCCGAAGUUGCUCCUGCUGAGCUUAUUAGUCGUUUUGUCGAUUCCGCCAUCUCCAAAUAUAAGGAGAGUGCUGAUGAUCCGAAAGCCAGCUUGAAGAGGUCUCGUAUAUUUGAUCUGAUGAUCUGUCUGGUUCGUGUAGCAGAAGCUACUGCUGUAGAUAAGAUUAUCGAAGUGGUUCUUCCUUUCUUCAAAAACCCUCAGUCUUAUCAGAAGAAGGCUUUCCGAGUUCUCGAAGAAUUGAUUCUCAGAAGAUCUUCCCCAGCUCUCUCGAACCUCUUUGAACGAUUGGAAAACGAGAUUGAUGAGAUUAUGGGUCUUCCUUUUGAUGUGAUAUGUCCUUCUUCUCGACCAUCGUACAUGAACUGUUGUAUCAACUUGAUUGAUAGUUGCGAAGAUUACAAGCAACUUAGCAAGUUCUGUAUGGGAGCUGUAGACUCGAUCAUAAUGUGCUUGGACAAGUUGAACAAUACUCGUGCUAGAAGUAACGCUAGUACUUGCUUACAACAUUUAUGCAGCAAACUGGCUACUCUCUCUGUGGAGGCAGGGGAAACUCCUUCUGCAGCUCUUAAUCAGGUUCUCAGUCGUGUAUACGAACUGUCCACAUGUCCUGAAGGCAACGCUAAUGUUGAGAUGACACUUGCCCGUUCUGCUCUUGUGGGUCUCAACAUUAUCGCCCAGAAGCAGAUCAAAGUACUCAAUGCCACACAUAUCUCAAGACUUGUGUCUCAUGGUACCUCAUGGAUUGUGGAUGGACGUCCACCUGUUAGAAUUUUGGCUAUUAGAUUGCUGAGAAUCUUGGUUUCGAAGAUGCCCGAAUUCGCUUUGCAACAAUAUAGAGAUCUGUUACUCAAUGCCAUAUUUGUAGACCAAUUGACUUGCGAUCUCACUAUCAAGAUCCGUAAAGCUAACAGGUUGUUACUGGAAGUUUUGGUUGACAAGUUUGGUGGUGAAGUGCUUGAGAAGUUCACGAAGAAAGAUGAAUGGCUCAAACAAAUCAAAAAUAUUCAAAAAAUCAAAAGAAGAAAGGCAGCUAAAGCUAGUGGUCAACAGGUCGAACCUGACAGUGAUGAUGAUGGUACAAGCGCUAUUGGUUCACGUGUCAGUAGCACACGAACAGCUAAUGCUGAUACUAUUCUUGAGCUAUUGGAAGAUAGUGAAGACGAGGAUGAUAGUGAGAAAUUCCUCGAGACACGCAGCAGGGCUGGAAGUGUUUGGCUCAAAGAAGACCAAGGAGGAGAAGCUGUUGAUCUUCUGGAUACUGAACAUCUGCUCAGCAAGGCUACUACUAAUGAUCCUGCUUUGCAAGCUAGACGAAAUGCUAAGAUGUUAGAGAAGAAAAAAGAAACUGGAUUCAAGUUCACAAAGGCGGGUAAAAUUGUAAUUCUAGAUGACGAAAUGGAAUCCGAAAGUAGAAGAAAGAGAAGAAGUGACUUCGAUGCUUUGGAUGCAGACAUGCCAGCUGCUCAAGGCAAGAAGAGAAAGGAUGACAGCGACGCAGAAUCCGAUUAUGAAGAUUCAGAUUCUGAUGAUGGCAAAUCUAAGAAGGCUAAGUCUACUGUCUCUACAGCAUCAUCAUAUAAACCAGGAGGAAAGGGUAUUCACAGAGACUUGAAACAGAAGGGCAAAAAGAAGGAGAAGAAACAAGGAAAUGUACAACCAUAUGCUUAUAUUUCUUUGAAAGAUAAGGCAGCCAAAGGCGACAUCAGGAAAAUUUUAAAGUCAAAAAGAAAAAGUGGUAAAGGUAAAGCCAAACUUACUUAA